GCUGCAGGCUGCAUCCCUCCUCUCUCUCUCUCUCUCUCUCUCUCUCUCUCUAUCUCUCUCUCUCUCUCUCUCUGCACGGAGCUGCAUCACUUCACAGCUUGUCUCCUGCAGCAGCAGGGAGGCAUGCACCGGUGCACGAGCCUGCUGAUCGAUUCUUGUAUCGGAAACCGAUCCGUAGCCGCAUGGUGACGUCACGCCGCUGAUCGGUAAUAGUUGCUGGGCGUGUUGGUGGUGAUGUGGGUACCGCUCGGACGCACGCAAGAGGUAGAUAGAUGAGGAUGCAUUGGAGAUGAAAUAGAUAAUAUAAGAAGAAAUACUGCACGAGGAGUGUGUGUGGACGCGCACGGGACUUGUUUGUUUUGUUUAUUUUGUCGCGUGGGGAAAUGUAGUAUCUGCUGUCACUGCAGGAGGAGAGGAUGGAUGCGUAACAGGACGGAUCGAGCCAGCUGUGGCCUGCUUCUAACAGCAACAUCUGGCCGGUGAGUCGCGCUGACUGACAGCCUGCAGCCUGCAGCAGAGACAGAGAGAGGGGCUCGGUUACAGAGCAUCCUCCGGUCCUCCGGUCUCCGGUCUCCGGUCCGUCCUUCUGCAGGGUCAGAGAGGGCGCCUCAGCAGCCAGCCGGCUUUGGACCAUAGCGGGGAGGUGGAGGAGAUAUGGAGGAGGGGGACGCAGAGGGGGAAGGGCCAAUGGCGGUCAGAGACGGGCCGAGCGGUCACGGCCUCCCGCUGAACGCCAACAGCAGCAGCAGCAGCACCACCACCACCACCACCAACCUCCUGGCUUCUGUCAAAGAGCAGGAGCUUCAGUUUGAGCGGCUGACUCGGGAGCUGGAGGAGGAGCGGCAGAUCGUGGCGAGCCAGCUGGAGAGGUGCAUGCUGGGAGCGGAGUCGCCAGGGGGAGACAGUAGCAGCUCAUCCGAGAAGUCGUUUGCAUGGAGAUCUGCAGGUGGAGAGUCGCAGGGCGGAGUCCUGGAGGCGUCUGGACGUCACCUGGAAGCGGAGGAGGGACUCUUCAUGCCUGAACCGGACCGCGCCUCCCUGCAUGACAGUGAGGGUUCAGGAGGUCACUCGGCCCAGAUGACCUCGUAUUCAGACAGCGGCUACCAGGACAGCAGCGUUAGUUACUACAGCAACCAGAACGUGGUGCGUUCGGAGCCACGAGCCUCGAUAUCGAGAAGCCCGAGAGCUGAGGGUCAAGCCUCUGGGCAGGUGUCUGGCCGGGUGUUACGGAGGAUGGCCUCCCUCCCUUCCAGGAGCCAGAGUCCCGGUGGCACUGUCGGUACCGUCUCGCCCUCCCGCAUCUCCCUGCGGACAUCCCAGGGCAGCACCUACGAUUCGCCCAUCCUCUCGGAGCCGAAACCUCUGGCUGCCGUAUUCCCCGGCACUUUAAUGCCGCCCUCGUGCCCUUCGCCAACAUCCCCGACCGACGGCACUCAGGCUCUUGGUGGUGGUGUUUUAGGAGGAGGUGGUCGUCUGGGCUCCACUCUCUCUCUGGUGGAGGGGAGGUGUUUGACGGGGUCGCCGCUGCGUUCGGGGAUGACGGCGGUGCCGCAGCACUACGGCUCCACGCUGCCCAGGCAGAGCCAGCCGCUGGCGUACGGAGCUGAUCCAUACGGGCUGUACCAGAGGAGCGCUCUGCCCCGCCCCGACAGCCUCAUAGGGCUUCACAGCUCAUACGCCGGCCAUGCGGGGCAGAUAGACCCAGAGCUGAGGGCGGCGUUGUCUCCGGACUGCCACAUGACGCCCAUUUUCGAUGAGCGCUCCUUCCACAGCCCGCUGUACCACAGCCCCUCCCACGACCCCCAGGGCUCCCUCUACAGGACAAACACAGGUAUGGGGACCCUCCCUCGGGCCACCAGCCACUGCGGCACGCUGCCGUACCAAAGAAGCAGCUACGGGCUGAGCACUGCCGCUCUGUACGUCGACUCCUACAGGGUCUCCGGCGAGCCCGUCUUCUCCCACCGCCACUCUGGGCUGGUGGAGCGGGUGGCCACGCGAACCCCGUCCAUCGAGAGCAUCCAUAAGGACCCCAGGGAGUUUGCUUGGCGUGACCCCGAGCUGCCGGAGGUCAUCCACAUGCUGCAGCAUCACUUCCCCUCCGUCCAGGCCAACGCCGCCGCCUACCUGCAGCACCUGUGUUACGGAGACAACAGGGUCAAGGUGGAGGUGUGUCACCUGGGAGGGAUCCAGCACCUGGUGGACCUGCUGGAUCACAAGCUGACCGAGGUUCAGAAGAGUGCCUGCGGGGCCCUGAGGAACCUGGUGUACGGCAAAGCCACCGACAACAACAAGGUGGCGCUGAGGAACUGCGGCGGCGUGCCGGCGCUGCUGCGCCUCCUCAGGAAAACAACCGACAACGAAGUUCGCGAGCUGGUCACCGGCGUCCUCUGGAACCUCUCCUCAUGCGACGCCGUGAAGAUGACCAUCAUCCGUGACGCUCUGUCCACGCUGACCAACACUGUCGUCAUCCCCCACUCGGGCUGGAGCAGCGUCUCGCACCGCGACGAACACAAAGUCAAGUUCCAGUCCUCCCUGCUGCUGCGCAACACCACCGGCUGUCUGAGGAACCUGAGCUCAGCAGGGGAGGAGGCGAGGAGUCAGCUGCGUUGCUGUGAAGGUCUGGUCGACUCGCUGCUUCACGUCCUCAAAGCCUGCGUCAACACCUCCGACUACGACAGCAAGAUUGUGGAGAACAGCGUCUGCACCCUGAGGAACCUCUCGUACCGGCUGGAGGUGGAGAUGCCCUCCUCUCGCCUGCUGGGCAACCAGGAGCUGGACACCCUGCUGGGCUUCUCCUCCCCGGCCAAGGAGCUGGACUACCUCUGCUGGGGCAAGAGGAGGCGCGGCAGGAAGAGGGGCGGCUGGCCCGACGACAAGUGGGACGGUGUCGGGCCGAUCCCGGGUUUCUCCCAGUCUAUGAGGGGUGCAGAGCUGCUGUGGCACCCGAUAGUGGUGAAGCCGUACCUCAACCUGCUGGCCGAGAGCUCCAACCCCGCCACGCUGGAGGGCGCCGCCGGGUCACUGCAAAACCUCUCCGCUGGAAACUGGAAGUUCUCAGCCUACAUCCGAGCGGCGGUGCGUAAAGAGAAAGGUCUGCCCAUCCUGGUGGAGCUGCUGAGGAUGGACAACGACCGGGUCGUCUGCUCCGUCGCCACCGCCCUCCGCAACAUGGCGCUGGACAGCCGCAACAAGGAGCUCAUAGGAAAGUACGCCAUGAGGGAUCUGGUGAACCGGCUGCCUGGCGGCAGUCCGCCGGUGCUGUCUGACGAAACGGUGGCGUCGGUCUGCUGCACGCUGCACGAGGUCACCAGCCGCAACAUGGAGAACGCCAAAGCUUUAGCCGACAGCGGCGGCAUCGAGAAGCUGGUGGAUAUCAGUAAAGGACGAGGGAAAGGGUACUCCAUGAAGGUCGUGAAGGCAGCAGCUCAGGUGUUGAACACGUUGUGGCAGUACAGAGAGCUGAGGAACCUCUACAAACAGGACGGCUGGAACUACACUCACUUCGUCACCCCCGUCUCCACGCUGGAGCGAGACCGCUACCUGUCCCAGCCGACGCUGCCCACCAGCCCGCUGCAGAUGUCCCCCGUCAUCCAAUCAGGUGGUAGUGCGACAUCCUCGCCGGCGAUGCUCGGGAUAAGAAGACACAGUUCAAACUACCAGAGGGCGCAGUCAUCUAUGCAACUCGACACGUAUUAUGGAGACAACAGUUUACACAAACGACAGUACACAGGGUCUGAGAAGAAAACUCCGUAUUUCAUCGGGACAUAUUCUUCCCAGUCAGGAGAGGAUUUGAGACGGUCCCAGCACACAGAGCCAUUUUACGACGAGCCCGACAGGAAGAACUACAACAGCUACAGAAUGUACCUGUCGUCCCCUCAAGACUUCGGAGAGGCGCCCUACGAGGACGAACCGGUCCACCUGACCCCGUCCUCCCCCGACGGCUACGCCGGCCAGUCGCUCCAGUUCAAAGCCAACACCAACUACGUGGACUUCUACUCCACCACGCGGAGGCCUUCAAACAGGGCCAACAAGUUCACCGGCUCCCCCGACUCCUGGGUGUAGACACCGUGUACGUUGAGCUUCUGUUUCCGUGGGUGUUUGUGUGUGUGUGGGGAGUGCACGGUUUGGGUGUCGGGAGUGCACGUCUGGGUGCUGUAUGGUUGUGUGAAAGGUGGAGGAUGCAUGUGAAUGUGUGAGUAUCUGUGUAGAAACUGUACUGAAUGACCAGGGCUCGGUUUGCUACCUGCAGCUUCUGACUAAGUUACACCAUGUGCACAAUAAUGCUGAUAAAUAUGAAC